AUGGAUGCAUUCUACGACAACGAUGAAGCCAGAGAUCUUCUUGAAUUCGUAACCAAGGCACGCAUUGAGAAAGGCCCAAAGAAAGAUGGGAUGGCACCAUACGCAUUUGUGCAAUCCAUGGAGAAACCUCAUUGCUGGAAGCUUGUAAGGAUUGAACAGAACACGCAAGAACAAGAGGAAGUCGUCCUACGUAUCCAAGGAAUCAUAUGUGACAAGAGCAUACCGCCAAUUAAAAGGCCAUUUGAAAUAGAGUCACGAGGCCGGAAAUAUCUACGUCAAAGCAUUACGCUUACAGGAUUCGGUUCAGACAUAAUGAAGAAAGCCAUUGAGAAUAUACAUUACAUCCAUGGGUUAUUCAAUCAGGAAUUCACGCAAGGAGAACUCGAGGCUUGGACGCCUGGAAGAUUCGGCCAGUUUGAUGCUAUCGACAUAUCGAACCGCUACUUCACCAGACGGAGUGACAUGAAUGGAGAGAUGCCAAUCCAAUUCAGUCGUGCUAUUGAUCCAGAUGAUAUAUUGACAAAUGCGUUAUCAAAUGACUUCGUUCAUAUUCAAGAGAAUGUCGUAGAGUAUUACGAGGCUGUAAAGAAGGACAACAAAAUCAAAUAUAUAGAUAUCAAUCCUGGACGUAUUCAGAGGGGAGACAUUUUGGAAAUUCAAGCUUCAUUUAUGGUUGUACCACUAAAAGCCAAGAAAUUCAAAAUGCUUAUCGUGCUAAGAGCGAUUACACUUUUAGACAACAGCGCUACCAAAGAAGUACGUCGCAUCAGCCAGACCCUAAAGAGAAAGACAGGAUACAGUGAGGAUGAGGAUGUAGAAAUGCGUGACAAGUAUACCAAUCGCCCCGGCAAGGCCGGAGCAUGA